AUGGAGCUCAAGUCAAAUACUCACUGUGACCGUGCUCUGACAAAUGACAGGCCAAUGUCACCAACCGCUAAGGCUACCUGUAAAGACGAGAAAAUUGGUGUCAAAAGGCCGAAGCUCGAAGCGCCUAAUGCAGAGCCCAUGUACCUGCUCCCUCCAUUUCGUCAAUGUGAAGUGCCAGAUGCUCGUCAACGUGAAGUGCCGGAUGCUCGUCAACGUGAAGCUCGUCAAUGUGAAGUGCCAGAUGCAGAGCCCAUGUACCCGCUCCCUCCAUUUCGUCAAACACCUGGCCCCAUCUCAUGUUGGGAGGCAGAACUGAAGGCCUGUCAGAAAGCUAAACAAUUGCAACUGUUAGAAAUAGUGCCUGCCGGUGGCAUGCCUGGCCAUGCAAGACUCGUCACUGACCGCUGGGAUGCAGAAGCAAAACGUUGUGAAGAGGCAAAGCGGGUGCAACUACUAGAGAUACUUCUUGCUGCCCAUGGCAUUCGCAGACUAGCGUAG